UUUUUAGUUUUUACAGCAGGUUUGUUACCUCUGUGUGCGGGCAGCACGACUACAGUACCCAGAGUGCACCGCGGCAACCGAAUGUAAACACCAAUGGAGACUGAAGGACGAAGAGACUGAUGAUCGUGUUUGUGCGCUAUAACCUCGGGCCAGGAGUGGCUGUGGAGCUGCACGAAGAGACGAGUGUGGCCGAGCUGAAGGAGGUGGUUGGGAGUCAGCAGGGAGUCCAACCGGAGCUCCUCAGGGUUCUGUUCGCUGGGAGGGAGCUGAGGAGCUCCUCCACACUGCAGGGUUGUGACCUCCCGGAGCAAAGUACUGUCCAUGUCGUUCUCCCUUCAUCAGGUUCCUCCUCCCGGCUGCUCCUCCUUCAGGAGCGCCUGACUCGGGGUGCGGAAGAGGAGCAAGCCAGUCUGACCAGGCUGGACCUCAGCUCCUCGCGCCUCCCCUCCACCUCCUCCGGCCUGGCGGUGAUCCUGGAGGGGAGCGAUACAGGAGGAGGGGAAGAGGGAGCAGAGGAGGCGAGGGAGAAAAUGCAGGCUGUGGGUCUGAAAGGUGUGCGUACCUGCAGUACUUUCUUUGUGUACUGUAAGAGCUGCAGGUCGAUUCAACCAGGGAAGCUGAGAGUUCGCUGCAGAAGCUGCAGACAGACGACGCUGACGCUCAGCCGGGGUCCGUCCUCUUGGGACGACGUCCUCCUCCGAGGUCGUAUCCAUGGCGUGUGUCAGUCAGACAGUUGUCACAGCAACGACGCGGAGUUCUACAUGAAGUGUGCGUCCCACCCGACUUCAGAUGACGACCCCUCUGUGGCCCUCGACCUCAUUAUGACCAACAGCAGAGAUGUCCCCUGUAUUGCCUGCAGCAACAUCAUGCCCGUGGUGUUGGUCUUCCAGUGUUCGGAGCGUCACGUGAUCUGUCUCGACUGUUUUCUUCGUUACUGUGAAACUCGACUGAGCGAGCGUCAGUUUGUUAAUCAUGCGGAAGUCGGCUACUCGCUGCCCUGUGCAGCCGGCUGCGUUGACUCUCUCAUUAAAGAGUUGCAUCAUUUCAGGAUUUUGGGAGAAGAUCAG